GAUAACAGGUGGAUGUGACGAGACAUGGAAUCGUUCUGUGUUCUCUUGUUGGUGGUGUUUUGUCAUCUUGCGUGUCCAAGGCCACUGUUACGUGAUGCACCCGCAAAACAAGAUGUCAUAAAUAGCGAGGACCACAAUAGAGUAUGUAUUGAUUUCCGGUGCAUCUUGAACUCUAUUCUUCAGACAAAACAAUACGCUAACAGGGACGUCGAAUCCAGACAGAAACUUAACCAUAACGUCGAGAUUUCUAAUCCCAUGAAAGCAUACAGUAAAGCACCAUAUCAACAUAGACUGAUCAAAAGAAGCAUCGAUGAAGAUGAGAUGAGGAUUCAUGUUCACGAUGUACAUCAUUUUAUGAACCACAAAUCUGCCAAAUCAAAUCUAAAUGAUGAACAUUCGUUUGAUAAUGUCAAGGUUGGGAAACAAACGGAUGCGUCAAGUUCUGGCAUACUCGACGUAGGUAAUUCUAAACCAAUAAAGACGAGCCACCAUAAUUCUGAUGACACGGAAAGUGACGACGACCAAGGACCCCUGUAUAUAUCCAUGGCUGGCCUGCUAGGACGGGCAAGGCGUUACUGUGUAAGGAAAAUAGCCAGACUGAUGACGAUGUACCCGCAACUGAUAAAAUACCCGAUCCCUCGCGCAGCGGGACCGUCCCACUUGAGAGAGGACCCAAUAUCAAUCGCUGACAAACUGAGGGACGUGUCCAAACUGACUCUCAGCGAGCUGCUUCAUCUGCUGCACGCAAUGCAGCAUCAUGUCAGACCGACGCCAUCGGCUGGUAUUAGUCUGCACAAUAUAUGCUGCGACAUUGGCUGAUUUCAACUAAAGACUAAUGAAUUUAAAGGCAUACUGUCACGGAUUUAAGGACCUUAUUUCUCUAAAAAUGAAUAAUAAAUAAAAAAUUACAUUAAUUGUUGGAAACGAAAUCUA